AUAGAAUCUCCGUCAUGUUUAACAGAUUAUUAUCAGUCGAGGCCAAGGAGACUAUAAAAUUAAUGGCUCGAGUAAACAUAGAUCUAGUUAAGUUCUGGAGUUAUUGGGAUUAGCUUUGUUGACAUCGGAGAACUCAUCAUUCGCAUUUCUAAUUACAGGACUUGAUGAUGGUGUUAAAGAAGUCAAACUCAAAACUAAAUUCAGGGGCGACACAGAGAGUUGCCGAAGGAGGGACUUUAAAAUUGUUUAAAUUAUCGUGGUAUUCUGAACAAAUCAUCUUUUUGAAAGUCAAUGUUGCGUAUGGGGAGAAAAAACAGACAGACUCUCUGGCAGAAUGCCUACACAAGAUUUGGGACAGGUUGGGAUGGAUUGGACCUGACAUGUUUCUCACAUUCAGACAUAAACUAAACAUAUCACGAGGUCAAACAUGGGCAGAGCUGGGAUGGUUUUCCACAAACAAAAGAAAAACGUGGCUUCUUCCUAAUAGAAUUCUAGCUAUGAUGUCAGAUACAGAAUAUUUGAAAGACAUAUUGCCACUAUUAGAUAUCAAUGUUUCUGAGCAUACAGAGGUUCCUUUUGUUCGUACUGGUAGAAAAUCGUUAAUAAAAACUCAUCGUUUGUCCCAAAUUGUAUCCGAUGUACCUUCCACUAAGAAAUGCAAGGAUUCGAGAAGGCGGCAGACGGGGCAUAACAGAGGAAUUCAACGCCCAUAUCUAUUUCGUCGUCAAUCAAAGACCAAAGAGAAUGUUGAAAAUGUUUUUACUAAGCCAUCCAAUGUUCUGGAGGUUGAAAUCUAUCACCCAUACCAAGUUGACGCCAGGUGUGCGAACAAAAACGACGUUAACAGAUUUACUAAAAAAAAAUAUUGUGAAAAGACAACCAAGUCGCGUUUAAAAUGCAAGGGCCAUGUCAAUGGCCGGUACGCCGAGUUGAAAGGCUACACUAGACACGAUAUAAUGGAAGAGACCCAACUAGCUCUAUGUGAUCAAACCAAACAAUAUGAAGAAGACUUGUGUCACUUUCCUGGUAACUACCACAACAACAAAGAAACCCAUUUCUCUUCUGUAAGCCUCUGUGACUUUGUUGUUCAGAAUAGACCUCAAACUAAAAGAGGCAAGAAAAGAAAAUAUAAACAAGAGGUGCAAUCAGAAGUCAAGGAGUUUGUUAAAUAUCCAAAAGGCUCCUUCCAAUAUAUUCAUAAAGAUGUGGACCAAUCGGAGAGUUUAUCUAAAAGUACUUGGGAAAUGUUAGAAGAGUCUCUCCCGCCAAACCCUUCAAACAAUGAAGAACAAGAUGAUAUUGGCUAUGCUUCUCAUACAGACAAGGAUGACUUCGUAAUCUCUACACCAGAAAAUGUGAACUUGUUUGAAAAAGAAAUAGAUGACUUCGUAAUCUCUUUACCAGAAAAUGUGAACUUGUUUGAAAAAGAAAUAGAUGACUUUGAUCAAAGUUUUAUUGACGUAGCAUUAGUUUUGUUCAACGAUGACGUCAAUGUGACUGAAAACCAAGAAAUGAACGUAGACGGCCAUAACGUCGUGAUUGGAAAAUGUUAUCCUCCUGCUUUCAUUGUAGAUAUUAGUCCGUCUGACAAAGUCUCUGAUGAAUGUUUUUUACUUGUCAAAAAGAAAGAUUUGAAUUCAUCUCUUUGGAACGUUGCGUUUCAAUGCGUCAACUAUUGUGAGGCCAAUUUUAAACUUCAGAGUAUUCUUUUUGAAGAGUGGACAUGCUGUUUAAAGUUAUCCCGCCUUAUUGAGCUCGUUACUUCUAUCAGAAAGGAAACCCAGUCUUGCUCAAGGCCUGAAGCCUGUGAUGAUAAUUUAGUUGCAUCCUCAAAAUGUGGAAUAAAUUCUAGCGACAGAAUUAUUUUCGGUCCAGCUGAAAAAGUUUUCUCCUUGGUGCCCACGGAAACAAAGCACAAAGCGCCUGAGUGUGUGAACACAGUCUUGCCAGAGACUAACACAGAUAUACAAGGGAACGAGUGUCCAGUUUGUCUCUUGCCGUUUCAUGUCCACAAAUGUCCAGCUAUGAAACUGCUACCCUGUGGACAUACUUUCUGUGUGAGAUGCUGGCAAACUCAAAUUGUUUUUGAGAUGCAGCGAGGUGUCAACCAAUGCACAUGUCUAGCAGUAAAAUGCCAGAACAUCAUUGAUAAGACAACAAUGUUGACUCUUCUGCCACUAGACAUCGUCAGCAGAUGGCAUAGGCAGAAACUGGAGAGAUCUGUUGAGGUUAGUCAGUUUUGUAACUGGUGCCCACGGGAUAGGUGCCAGAAUCUAGCCGUAUCACUCAGCACUCCUCUUAAAACACAGUUUGGACAACCGUUGACCUGCAUUUGUGGUCAUUCUUGGUGUGGCAGCUGUAAAAACACCCCACACUGGCCAGUUUCGUGUGAUCAGAUGACCGCUUACAAAAAGCUGAUGUCCAAAGUUGGCCUGAACAAAGACUUGACCUACGAUACCAUCUAUUUCCACAUCAAGCUAAAGCCUUGUCCACAAUGCAAAUACCCUAUUGAAAAAAAUAAAGGCUGCCCAGUUAUGACAUGUCGAAUGUGCAACUACUACUUUUGUUGGAACUGUUUAAAAUGUUGUUCAUUCCAUAAUGUUUAUACAUGCCCUAACAAUGAUGACAAUUAUGUGACAUACAGCUUACAAAACAAAUUAGUCCACGAUCUUCCUUUGAAGUAUUUUACAAAGUGCAUUCAAGCCAGAAGACAAACACAAACAUUGACAUUAGAAGGUCAGAAGUGGCUCCAAUAUUACAAACAUCCGCUUCCUAAUGACCGCAUUGUAGAAGUAAAAUCAUUCACCAGCAAGUCUCAAGUUGAUGUGACCCUUAUUCUUGAUGAUGUGGAGCAAUGUUUAGACUUUCUUGUCAGGUAUUACAAAUUUCAAGAACUGUUUUAUUUUCUCCUCGACUUCGCCCAGAUGAAGAACUCAAACACGCGACAACUUGCAGCCAGAAUAACUGCUCAGUGUUCCCAGCUCCACUUCGUUGCAUGGAGGUUACAAGAAAACAUUCUAGGUAAGCCUGCCAACUACUUCUAUAACAGAAGGAAGCUGUCCAAGAGUCUGCUCUCCACUGGUGAACGUCUGCUGAAAGCCUUAAAGCAGCUUGUUCCCUACUUUCAACACAUGUCCAAAGAUAUAGAUACAAAACCAAUUGGUGACAUUGAUGUAUUACAAUACUUGCGAUACAAAUAAAUACGUGAUAUUCUCAUUUACUUUGUAUAAUGAAGGAAAAAAUCUGUGUGAAUUUGUAUUUGAAACCUUAAGAGACUUAUUUCAUUAAAUGAAAUAUAAUUUGUAUUUUAAAUAUCGUAACGUUACAAUUUCAGUUUACUUUUAGCAUAAAUCUUUUGAAGCCUGAUGGACAAUACAUAAAGUGUGACAAUGUUAACCAGAUAAAUGUUUUCUGGCUUUUGGUCUUACCUUUACCUUUACCUAUCCCUUAGUCUGUUGGACCGUUGGGGCACCAGGCAAGAUUUGUCGACCGUCUUUCUCCAUUCCUCCCUUUUUUUUUUUGCCUUGUUUAGAACCUAUCUCAAUGGCAGGCCCGUCCAUUCUUUAAUGUUGUCCUCCCAUCGCUUUUUCUGUCUGCCUCUUCUUCUUUUCCUGGCACUGUUCCCUGAAGGAAGGUCUUUGCGAGCCCCGUAGAUCUUGUAAUGUGGCCAAAGGUUUUAAGUUUUCGUCUUUUUACAAUAGUUAGCAGGUCGUCAUGGGCUCCGAUUGCUACAGUAACCCUGUCUCUGAUUUCUUGGUUUGUGAUGCGGUCUUUGAAUGUGAUGCCUAGGAUCCUUCUGUAGCAUCUCAAUUCCAUUGCUAGGAUCCUCCUCUCAAGCUCUGCAUUCAACGUCCACGACUCGCAAGCAUAUAAAAAUGUGGCCAUGACCAGAGAGCGCAUCAGUCUGAUUUUGGUGCCGAGGGCUAAGCCCUUAUCUUUCCAUAUUAUUUUAAGUUUUGAAAGGGCUGCUGUGGACUGUGCUAAUCGGGCCAAUAGUUCGGGUUUUGUUCCCUCAUCUGAGACAAUAGCUCCGAGGUAUUUGAAGCUGUUAACACUAGUUCGCUUUUCACCUCCAAUACUGAUGCCUCUUUUAAAGCCCUGAUGGCUAUUGGUCAUGAUUUGAGUUUUUUCGGCAUUUAUUUGCAUGCCAUAUGCUGCGGAAGUCUUGUCAAUGCGCAUCACCUGGUCAGCUAGUUCUUCUUCUGUCCCUGCUAGAUCGUCAAUGUCAUCUGCGAAGCGCAAGUUAGUAAUUCUUCUUCCUCCAAUGCUAACCGUACCUUCAUAGCCUUCGAGGGUCAAUGCUCUUAAAUAAGAUAUUUUAAAGAAGAAGGAAGAAUGUUGAGCCCAUAAUGUAUUUGCUGCAUACCUUUGGACCCAGAAGCUGCAUGGAAAGAGGGGUGGACUGACAAUAGCCAACGCCCAGGCUCUCAUCACUGAAUGGCUUCAUAAUUUACGUGUAAAUAUAUAAAUAGAAAAAAGACUUGUUUCUCAUUAACAUUUUGUUACAUCUUUACAUGUUACAUAGAUAAGAAGCUUUUAAAUGUUCCAUAUCAUUAUAUACUGUGAUCUUGUUCCAUAAAUUAUUUACAUAUCUAAACUGUGAUAAGGCUAUUGUUCCAUAUAUAUUACCUAUAUGUAUCUAAACUGUGACAUUGUUCCAUAGAUUUGCUAUAUGUAUCUAAACUGUGACAUUGUUCCAUAUAUAUUACCUAUAUGUAUCUAAACUGUGACAUUGUUCCAUAGAUUGGCUAUAUGUAUCUAAACUGUGACAUUGUUCCAUAGAUUGGCUAUAUGUAUCUAAACUGUGACAUUGUUCCAUAGAUUGGCUAUAUGUAUCUAAACUGUGACAUUGUUCCAUAGAUUGGCUAUAUGUAUCUAAACUGUGACAUUGUUCCAUAGAUUGGCUAUAUGUAUCUAAACUGUGACAUUGUUCCAUAGAUUGGCUAUAUGUAUCUAAACUGUGACAUUGUUCCAUAGAUUGGCUAUAUGUAUCUAAACUGUGACAUUGUUCCAUAGAUUGGCUAUAUGUAUCUAAACUGUGACAUUGUUCCAUAGAUUGGCUAUAUGUAUCUAAACUGUGACAUUGUUCCAUAGAUUGGCUAUAUGUAUCUAAACUGUGACAUUGUUCCAUAGAUUAGCUAUAUGUAUCUAAACUGUGACAUUGUUCCAUAGAUUGGCUAUAUGUAUCUAAACUGUGACAUUGUUCCAUAGAUUGGCUAUAUGUAUCUAAAACUGUGACAUUGUUCCAUAGAUUGGCUAUAUGUAUCUAAACUGUGACAUUGUUCCAUAGAUUGGCUAUAUGUAUCUAAAACUGUGAUAUUGUUCCAUAGAUUUUCUAUAUGUAUCUAAAAUGUUUGUUUUACAUGUUUCGGAUGUUUCUUCAGAGUUGAAGAUAGUUUACUUCCUAGUCCAAACCUCCAGCAGGACGACGGGGAUGGGAGUGGGUAGGGUUUGAACCCUCGACCGUCAAUAAAUCCGAACGACAGUCCAGCGCGCAAACCGCACGACCAGGCAGCCAUCCAACUGUGAUGUUGUUUACUAUGUGAUUAAAUUUUGUUUUCUGAAUUGAGUUCCAGUUUUGACUGUGCUCUGAGAUGCUUUAAAUGGGCUAGUUGGACACUUAACAAGUUUUAGGUAAUUAAAAUGUCAUCGAUGGCAAGACACAAGACUUUUAAAAAAAAAUAAUCUCAUGUUGUUAAGAGGUAUACAUUUCGUUCCCUAGUUCAAGAUACAAGACAAAAUAAUUAAUUACCAGGUAAAAGAAAUAUUUGUGCAAAUUUUCAGCUUGAUCCGAGUUUUUUGUGUGGGAGAAUUAACCUGUACAAUCUUUUUACCAGACAGACAGAGUUGAUAUAAGCUUUGUAUAAAUACCAAUAAAAUGUUGACAAAACGCACUGCUAGAGUGCAUUGAAUUUACUGUAAAAUGGUGUCAAAAGGAAAUACAUAUUUUAGCAUAAAUAUAGGGACUUUCAUAUAUUUCAUUUUACAUAUAGGGGCCUAGAUCAUCUCCAAACUCCCUUGUUAGGGAUUGCAACUCAAAUCCUUUCUUCCAAAAGCAGUGGGAAAUAAAGCCUGCAGUUAUGCUUGGGGGAUCCGGGAGUUAUCAAGGGAAAAGAUCCCUUUUUGGUAACGCGAUCAUGGUAUUGAUGAGGUCUACAGAUUUUGACAACAAUGAGAAUAGUUUAAACCAGGGGUGGGCAACCUUUUUGGAUCGAGGGCCGCAUUUCUUUAAAUUUUGGAAUAGCGGGCUGCAUAUGUAUAUACAACUUAGAAAGAUACUCUAGCUAACUUUUAAUUCAUAGGUACACUGUAUUAUAUUCACGUUUCCAUGUUAAGGAAUUACAAGAAGAGUUAGAAAUUUUUGAAUCAAUUAAUAUUUUUUUUAAAA